GAGGUGGGCGGUAGCCACUCUACACGGAACCAUGUGGUUCAGACGGGGUUAUGGCGCGUCCUCGACUGAACCUGAUGGUCCAAAGACACAAAUAGAGGCUGCGCGCAUUACGCGCGCAACAGACACGAAACGACACGCAGAGCGCAGCCGGUAACGGUGUGUUUUAUCUGAAUCGGUAUAAACGCAACUCAUUCGUGUUUUCUCGUGAACAGAACCGUGUUGGACCGGCUUCUCCACGGAUGCAAUUCUCGACCACCGGCGACUUCUGGACAGAAUUACGCGCUUUAUAAUGGUGGAGCCAUCGCUGCUUCAGUAACAGCUCACAAAUACAGAAGAGGGAACACAUUGACCAACUACAAUAUUUCUCACUAGUUAUAAAAUAAUCCCAACGAUGUUUGAAGAAUCAUCUCCGGAGCACACUGGAGUUUUGAAGGUUGUCGAGUCGGCCUCACCUGCCGCAAUGCUGGGGUUAAACGUGGCCGCUCCCAGCCCGAUGUCCUUCACGGAUGAGGCCGUGUCCAUCCUCACCUCGAGUAGUUUGCUUGCACGUUCGCUGUUGGGCCGAACGUCGGCUUUAAAGCGCAAAGACGCCGCCCCGCUAAGCCCCGCCCUGAGACGCAAGCGGGAGUUCAUUCCGAGCGAAAACAAGGACGAGGGGUACUGGGACAAGCGCAAGAAAAACAACGAAGCCGCCAAGCGCUCCCGCGAGAAACGCCGGGUCAACGACAUGGUCCUGGAGAACCGCGUUCUAGCAUUGCUCGAGGAGAACGCCAGGCUCAGAGCGGAACUUCUGGCUCUCAAGUUUCGCUUCGGGAUGGUUAAAGAUCCGUCCAACGCUUCUAUACUUCCGCUGAUGACAGAACCGUGCAUUCCACAGCCUUCAGCCCCACAUUACUACCUUCCCCGCGGGGAUGGAGUCCAGCACGUGUCGCACCAGUCGAGCGGGCCUCAGUCUGGACGGGGUCUCAGAGACACGAGCAGCAUGUCUGAAGAUUCGGGGUUCUCUACUCCGAGUGGCUCUAGUGUCGGUAGUCCAGUCUACUUUGAGGACAGACUGAGUGAUCACGGCAAGCUUUCCCCACACCGUGCGGAUGAGCUCGGGUACGAGUCCAAUCACUCCCCAAAUACCGAUGGCCAUGGAGCCAUGGGACACGUGCCGUUGUACAGUCGCUUGGAGCCGCUGGAAAGCAUGAGGAGUCUCCCGCACAAGCUGCGAUUUAAGUCGCCGGGCGGCGGUGAAGGUGACAAUCCUGGUGGGCGACAAAGUCCCGUGGUGGGCCCUAGAGUACCCGUCCCAUCGGGUGCCAACGAAGUGGCGGGAUACUGGGCGCAGCACGAUGGAGAAGAUACCAGAAGAGUGAUGCACUGCAGUACAGCCCGAACCUACAACCAUGGCUUGAACCCGAAUGAGUCGCAGUACCAGACCGAGAACAGCGUGCUGAAAUCUCAGCUCAGCUCGCUCAGCGAGGAGGUGGCCCAGCUCAAAAAGCUCUUUUCCGAGCAACUUCUUACCAAACCGAAUUAGAGAUGGCAACACACUGGAACUGGGAUACAAGAGGACUUCCAAACGUCCAUAAUAUCAUCACAGACUUUUCAUGGUUAAAAAAGCGACACAUGCAUCACUACCUCUUCACAUUGACAGUAACCAAAUCGGUCCAUAUAUCAUCAUAAAUCAUCUCUUUUAAACCCACAAUUCCUUUAAAACUCGCAAGAGCAUUCCAGCAGCGUCAGGAUGCGCGUCACAAUGUCUCAUCGUGAUUUCCUCCAAACACUGUGAUCUUUCCUCAAAAAUGCCUCAGGCUGCUGUAAAAUAAACAGCGUAGGUCAGUGUAGAGUGUAAAAUCCUCCAUUCUUCUAUCAUGUGCCAAAUCGAGUCAAAUCAGUGAGCACAAUGUGAUAUUUGGUGAGCCGAUCAGUCUGUACACUGUAAUGUUUCUCCUGUGGUUAGCGAGUGCUGUGAGCUCAUGAAUGGAGGAAGUGUUAUGCCACAGAUAAACACAGAACGGGACACCAGGGAGAGCCAAAUAUCUGUGAACGUCAUGUGGUUUAGUCGAAGUGAUGACGGUUUUUAUUGCCAUAUUUGAUCUCAUUAAUUGUCACCAUGAUGACCCGGUAGCAGCUCAGCAUUGAGUUUUACUGCAUUCUUUAUUUCUCAUACGGAUCACUGCCAUCGUCCAGACGAGGAUAUCUUAUAGAAAUACACUGUUACUUGCAUUUUUAUGGUGACGUUUGUGUUUGUGUAUGGUAUACGUUGUAAGUUUGUGUGAAUAAAUCUUCGAACAGCG